CUCGACCCUGACACGCCAAAUCGCCGCACUGCAGAUUCGCACCCAAAUUAGACUCCAGUCCCCAGUCCGCCGUCCCGUCACCGGAGUUCCGCCCGCCGCCCGCCGCCCCGCUGCGCCCGCAUUUUCCUCACCUCCAGUAUGUAUCCGCCUGGCCGCUUCUUCCGCGGUACGGGCCCUAACGCCGGCUGCACAAUGUCCGACACUGAGCGCGGCAUAGCGGCACUUGGUAUAAACUACAAUCGUGUUCUCAAGGCGGCUCGGGACACCCACCCGCACCCUGACACUCUGGGACGCCUCCAGCCGGUACUGAUGGGCGCCAUGAUGCAUUGUCUCUCCGAUGACGCGGAUUCACUCACAAGGAGGAUGGAUGACUUCCUUGUCAAAUUCAGCAAGUUCACCAGGAAGAUGGACGACAUCAGCGCGCGCCUCCAGGCCACGCGCAGCCCUAAAGGCCGCCGCCGCGGCAUCUCCCCCGCUGCCCAGCUCGCAGGCCUUUAUGGAGAUGAUCUCUUCCGCGCGCUGAUGGGCGUGCAGCUGCCCGUGGGCACACCUGCGGAGGUCUGCCUGGAGGUCGCCCUCGCUGCACAGCGCCUCAUCGUGCAUGACCAGCUCGACCUUUUCAUCAACCUCUUUGAGAAGACUGUCUUCGGGGCCAACACUACGACGAUCAGGGAGUACAACAUCAUGGCCUUCAAGGACCACAGGAAAACCUUGGAGAAGUUCGUUCAAGAGCACAUUGACCUCGCCGACGCCGCUGCCACUUCACAUCCACCUACCGGCCGAGCACAGUAGAAGCUCGAUUGCGAUUAUUAACCUAGCUAGCUGCAAAGACGAAGGAGGGUUGUUGAUGUAUCCUAUUUGGCUUCCUUAUGUAGUUUGCUGCAUCAUCGUUGUCGAGCCAACUUAUGUAUGCAUUAGUGUAUUACGCUACUUUUCAGCGAUCGAGUCUGUCUUAACUCUUGAGUGGUAGUAAGAGUUGCUAUCAAGCUGUGCCCUGUGCGCUUGCUCGCUAUAACUAAUUUUGUACAACGUAAUUUGUUUGGCACCAAGUUCUGUUAGUAAUAAUAUGAAUGUUACUUU